GCACGUUUGUCUGUGGUGUGGUUGCAGUCGCACUCAUUGAUAUGUAUGUCUAUGGUCGCACUUUUGGUUGUCAGCGUCAAUAAGCUUGAUAUUUCUUACGUCGCAGUGAAAAAGAAAAAGAACCUUUAAGGAUUGCUUCAUGGAUUCCCCUCAUCAGUCCAAGAAUGCUAACUUGAAUCGAGAGUCCAAACGAAACCAGAACCAGUCGAGCACCCCACCACAAAAAGAUGCAUAUGCCACACUCCUCAGCCAGCACCGCAGCAUAAAGGAGAGGAGAGUUCGUUGUCUUUAUACAUGGAGAAAUUAAGCGCCUGCGGUGCUCAGCAGGAGUGUGAAAGGAAGCAAGGUAUGUCUGAACUGCAACGACGAGGACAGAGACGGGACACUGCCACUAGCCAGGAUGGAGAUAUUGAAUCUGGAGAAGAGAUCGGUCCUUCGAAAUCGAGCGGUGCAAAGAAAAAUCAGAAACAACAAAGGAAGAAAGAGGUUUCUAACAGAACUGAUGCCUCCAAAGAGCCUGAAUCACUUUUUGGGGUGUCCCAGUCCCAGAUAAAAGCUAGUACAAAAGCACAGGAGCAAGAGAAGAUGGAGAAAUCAAAUAAUGAAGCAGAGAACCUUGAGGAAGGGAAAUUCAAAUUACAUUAUGGGGCUGAUCCUCAGACAUCAAAGCCCAAACCCCCUCACAAUAAAGACAAGAAAUUUCAGCCUCCUACAGCUCCGAAACCAAAUUCUUCUGCUGACAAGAAUAAAAACAAAGGUGCCAAGAAAACAAAGAAACAGGUGUUUGAAUCCUACAUGAGCUUUGAGGAGGUUUCCCAGGGCCUCAAAAGAGGAGAGCUCCUUCAGGGACAAAUAAGAGUCAAUCCUAAGAAGUUCACUGAAGCUUUCAUCCCCUCUCCUGAUGACGCACACGACAUCUACCUGGAUGGCAUUGUUGCCCGCAACAGAGCGUUUAAUGGAGACAUAGUGGUGGUGCAAAUACUCCCUCGGGAGCAGUGGAAGGUUGUCAAGUCUGACACUGACUGCGAAGGUGCAAGUGAGUCAGGGACCCAGACGGAGCGCCGACAGCCAACAGCUCAGAAGAAGAUCAGUCAUGGUGUUGCUGUAGAGGACCAGUCCAGUGAAGUGGAUGAACUCAUCAGCAAAUAUCAGAACAUGUCAAUCAGUGAUCCAGGUACUGAAACUGUAAUCUAA